AUGUCGAUUGUUAAAGAUUGUCAAAUUCGUGCUGAAAAUAUUACAUUUGUUCCAAAACCGAUUACAAUUACUGUAUCUGGUCUGCCAGCACCGAAUGCAAAUGAAUCAAUACGUAAAAAUGCACAAGUUAUUCCUGUACCAGCAGAUCCUAAACUUUAUGUCCCUGAGGGAUUUACUGUCAAAUUAUAUUUCGCGAAUCUUACAUCACCACGGUAUCUUAUUUAUACACCUUCUGGUGAUAUACUUGUUAGUGAAUCAAAUGCAAAUCGUAUUUCUUGCUUAGUCGAUACAAACAAUGAUGGAAAUCCAGAUGAACGAAUGACGUUUGCCGACGCUUCAAAUGGUCUCGAUCGACCCUUUGGAAUGGUUUUUAUUAACAAUUCUUUUUAUGUGGGUAGUCGAAAUGCAGUACGUCGUUAUCCAUGGGUGAAUGGAAGCCGAAAAAUUGAAGGUACUGGUGACGUUAUCAUGACCUAUGGUUCGAAUGGACAUUGGACACGAACUGUUGUCAUGCCACCAUCAGCUGAUAAACUCUUUGUUAGUAUCGGUUCAGCAUCAAAUGUUGAGGUUGAAGAUUUACCGCGUGCAAGCAUUCAACAAGUUAAUUUUGAUGGUACUAAUAACAAAACAUUUGCCUCUGGUCUUCGUAAUCCUGUCGGUUUAGCAUUUCAUCCGGUAACAAAUGAAUUAUAUGUUGCUUGUCAAGAACGUGAUCUUAUUGGUGAUAAUCUUGUACCUGAUUUUUUUACACGCGUACAAGAAAAUGAAUUUUACGGGUGGCCUUAUGCAUAUCUCAGUUCAAAUUUAACUGAUCCAAGACGACGUUUAGAGAAUGGAACAAGUGAACGACCUGAUUUAGUAUCGGCUACACGAACACCAGAUGUUCUAUUUCAAGCUCAUUCUGCUGUUCUUGAUAUGCGUUUUUAUACUAGUACACAAUUUCCUGAUCGAUAUAGAAAUGGCGCAUUUGCAGCAUUACAUGGUUCUUGGAAUAAAAAUGAAGGAACAGGUUAUAAAAUUGUUUUUAUACCAUUUAAUAAAGAUACUAAUCGACCAUUAGGAUCAUAUGAAGAUUUUAUUUAUGGAUUCUUAACAGAUCCAUCGGGUCCAUUAACAUAUGGUAGACCAGUUGGAUUAUUAGUAUUAAAAGAUGGAAGUCUUUUAUUUAGUGACGAUGGAAAUCAUCGAUUAUAUCAAGUACAAUAUAAUUCGACGACUAGUAGUGGUCGAAUUUACUUUAUAUCAAUGAUACUUAUCUUUAUUUGUGCUAUUUUUUCAAUCUAA